CCGAAAAAAGAAUGAUGAUGGGGGCGGCCACUAGGCGUGGGACAGGAUAGGUAGCGCCGUCGACGAGAAUACCAUCCCCGUGCCCGACAGCAUCAGCAACCAACCCCGACAACCAAAGUAAAAUUCCUCCUCCUCGACCUCGGAUCUCCUCGAGGAAGUUCGAAGACGCGAGUCUCGGAUUCUCCGAAAGAGCGAGUUCCUCCGCCUGGGAAAAUCAAAAUCUUUUUUUUUUUUUUUUUUUGGUCGAAUUCUUCAUGGAGGAGGUGGGGGUCGACGACAAGGCAGCUCGCGAAUCGGUUCGCGUGAAGCGGAAGACUCUGCAGGUCGUGCUGGAGCAGUGCCAGAGAGCCCUCGAGAUGCUCGGCAAUGGCGAGGGUGGCGCGGAUGCUGACGACGGCGACGGCGACGGCGACGGCGGUGACGGCGACGGCAGCGACGGCGAUGGCGCGGAGCCGAGCCGCCGUGACCCGGGGGCUCCCUGCCAAGAUCGGGAAGCUGAUGAGUUAUGCGAGCUUCUGAAAUCUAGAGUUGAAUGCCCAGAAUUCCUGGAAAAGCUUGAGUUUGCUCAGGUGUCAGUUCCUCAAAAUGAGGAAGGUAGCUCUUGGGAUAUGGUCAAUAAAAAUGACCUUUGGGAUAUUGAAAAUGCCGAUUUGGAUGAAGAUGAUUAUGUUCUAGUGAGGCAAGAAGAUAUUGUAGAGGGUAUUGCAUGCUUCAUGGCUGCAUAUCUGUCAUCUCUCAAGCAGACAAAGGAAUUAACUCCUAAUCAACUCCAAGCAGCUCUUAGCAAGACAUUCUCUGUGAAAAAGAAGAAAGGAAAGCUCCGGAAGGCAUGGGAUGGGAGCAAAGUCAUCUAUAACGUAGCAUCCUGGGGGGCAACAGCCAUUGGGAUCUAUCAGAACCCAGUACUUCUCAGGGUUGCCUCAAAUGCCUUUUGGACUUCUUGUCAUGUUAUAUCAAAGCUUCUCUGAACUUCACGAUCUGCCUGAAGAGGAGCUUAAUUAGUUCAUUCCAUACCUGUGCUGCCAAUGCAGUCUGAUGUUGUCCACGUUGUUUGACAUUGGUGCAUUAAUUAGGCUUUCCAGUUUGAUUUAUUACCCUCUGGUGUCACCAAAAUCGUGUAAAUGAGUGUCUGUUCUAUAUUUCGAGUUUGGAUACAAAUGUGUAAAAAUUAUCUGCUAUUGAAUGCAGAACUGGUCUUACGUCUUCUCUCAGUACUUUGCAGUGUUAAGAACACAUGCACUCAGCAUGCAUUAGGACUUUA